AUGGCCGCGCCUUUACCAACGCCAGAGCAAGCGCACAGCGUUUACUUGGCUUGGGGACCCAUACCCUUUGAGCCGUACCUGCUCGAUACCCUCGGCGUUCCCAGAUGGCAGCUCGCCCGUCGGUUCGACUCCGCCGCGCUGCUCCUGCCAGCGCUGGUUGGCUACCUCGUAAAGACAGGCCGGGACGCCUGGCUCCGAAGACGAGGAGGUGUCGUGUGUGGCGGCAGCACUGAUGAUGCCCCUAAGGGUGCCCCCGCGGGGCCCAUGGCAGCUCCACACCAGGCUGUGCCACACCAGGGUGCCGCCGCUCUUGCGGGGAUGUCUGACGGCGCCGCCGACGGGGUGGCCGUGGCCGCAGCGGCCGACGAGGUUGGCCCUGCUGCGGCUCCCGAGGCGGCGCCGCCACAUCAACAGCGCUCCCUGUUUGCCCAGCCGCUCAACAGCGCCCGACUGGGGCCGUUCAUGACACGCACCUUCGACAACGUCAUCCUGGGCGGCCUUGAGCUGGGCAUCCUGAACUUCCUGGGGACGGCCUUGCAGGUGGAGGGGCUGCACAGCACCAGCGCCACGCGGGCGGGGUUUCUAGCGGAAGUCACGGCGGUGCUGACGCCUCUCGUCUCGUACCUGGCGGGGUACGACAUUCCGCGCCAGAUGUGGCUAGCGGUUGCUGUAGGGCUCGUAGGCAGCACCCUGGUCGCGUACGACACAUCGCAGGCACACGAUGCGCAGGGGCCCCCCUCGGCCAAGGCGGCAUCAUCUGCAGCCGCAGCCGCCACCAGCACCAGUACCAGUACCAGCACCAGCACCACAGCAGCAAAUGCCAGGGUCGUGCCGCCAGACCCCGCCAGCAGCCCCCCGGGUACUCCGGAAACCAGUCCGUCAGCGGGUGUGGAUGUGUCGGCCGGCACCGUGCCGUUGCUGUCAGCGCCUAGUGAUUGGGAGCUGCGGCCGGAAAGCGCGUCCUUCUCCGUUAGGCCCGAGGGCACUGGCGACCACCUGCCCACCGGCGCCGUUGGGGUGCUGCAGGACGCCGGGGUUGCUGCUCCCGGGGCGUCGCUGCUGCUGGCCGAGGACUUGGCCCCCCUGGCCCUCGCGUCCGCAUCUGACGCUGCGAUGACCCCCUCGGUAUCUAACCUCAACGCGGUGGUGGCCGUCUCAUCACCGCUAGAUGCACUAGAUGCCGCGAGCAUCGCCGGGGGUGCUGGGCCCCCGCCCCUAGUCGCCGCCGCCGCCGCCGUCGUUGAGGCAGCGGAGGUCAAUACCCCGAGUGUCUCUAUCGCGGGCUCCUUCGAAGCAGUGGAUGCUGCUGCCGCUGCGGCCUCCGACACAAUGCGGACGUUAUCAGCAGCUACAGCCGAUGUCGCGGCCUCCGCCACAGCCGCGGUCGUGGACGCAGCUGCCGAUGCGGCUUCCCUGUUUCCCGACACUUCCGAUGCCGUUGGGACCUCACUCCGAGCCGUCGCCAGCACAGCCUUGCAAGCCGUGGGUGCUGGCGCGGCAGACGCUGCCGGGGCCGCUGCCGCUGCGUCGUCAGUGGAGGCAGCGGAGGCCGUCAGUGCUGUGCCGCUGGCGAUAACAGGCGGCGAGGCCUACCUUUUACUGGCUUGUCUGUUUUACUCCAUUUGUACAGUGCGCAUGGGGAUCUACGCCCCCCGCAUGGACACGGUGGGUCUUGCGGCUAUGAAGAAGGUGGGACUGAGCUCUAUGAGUGUCAUGUGGAUGGCGGCCACCAACCUUCAGAAUGGCGUCGCACCCGGGGCGGUGCUCUCUUUCCCCGAUCUGUCCAGCCGCACUCCCAUGAGCAUUGCCGUACUGAUGUACAGCGGUCUGGGCCCCGGCGCGCUUGCGACCUUCCUGCAAGUCACGGGGCUGUCCACUGUGCCCGCCACGACGGCCCAGGUGAUUUACUCUAUGACACCUCUAUGUACGGCCUUCUUCGCGUACUUGAUUCUGGGCGGCGAGGCUACCGGCCCCGUCGCGUGGGCGGGUGGCAGCCUUAUCAUCGGCGCGGCGUUGAUGGCGGCAGACGCGCAACAGAAGCAGCAUCGUGAACAACAGCAGCAGCUCCAACAACAGCAGCACAACAGUAGUUUGUAA